AUGAAGCCUGAUUAUUUUAUGCUAUCUUUACUUAUUCCUGGACCACAAUCACCGGGAAAUGACAUUGAUGUCUAUCUUCAACCAUUGAUUGAAGAAUUAAAAGAAUUAUGGGAGUCAGGUGUCGAAACAUAUGAUUCGAAAGAAAACAAAACAUUCAACAUGAGAGCGUGCCUUUUGUGGACAAUUAAUGACUUCCCUGCAUAUGCUAUGUUAUCUGGGUGGAGUACAAAGGGAAAAUUGGCUUGUCCAUGCUGUAAUGAUGAAACUUCUUCUAUCUAUCUGAAACAUAGUCACAAGACUGUUUAUAUGGAUCACCGAAGGUUUUUACCCAUGAAUCAUCCAUGGAGGCAUAACAAAAGAUCUUUCAAUGGAAAAACUGAACUCAGGUCUCCACCACAGUUGUUAGAAGGUUCAGCUGUAUUUGAUAUAUUGCGAGAGGUAGAUAAUUCUUUUGGGAAGAAGCAAAAGAGAUCAAAGAAUGGCAUAUCAAAUUGGAAAAAACGGUCAAUCUUUUUUGAGUUACCAUAUUGGAAGUCCAACAUGUUUAGACACAACCUUGAUGUCAUGCACAUAGAGAAGAAUAUAGUUGAUAGCAUAAUUGGAACUCUUUUAGAUAUUCCCGGAAAGACGAAAGAUCAUGCAGCUGCUCGUUUUGACCUUAAAGAUAUGGGUAUCAGGAAGAACCUUCAACCAAGAGAUACGGGGGAUGGAAAAAAAACUAAGUUAGCAAAGGCAUGCUUUUCAAUGACUCCAGCAGAGAAAACAAUCUUUUGUAGUGUGUUGAAAGCGGCAAAAUUACCAGACGGUAGCGCUUCCAAUAUUGCUCGAUGUGUGCAUGAAACAGAAAAGAAGAUUUCUGGUUACAAGACCCAUGAUGCUCAUUUCAUGUUGCAUUACUUGUUGCAAGUACCAAUCAAAAGAGAGCAUGAGGAGGCAGUUAAUGAUAACAAUCCACGAACAACAAAGUGGGAGAAAGCCAAGGACCGCAGUCAACAAUUUUCAGAAUGGUUUAAAAUUCGUGCCAUGAAAAAGGAUGUGCCUGGUUGGGCAAAAGGGUUGGCUAGGAGUCCAAAUCGAAUUGCAAAAAGAUUUUCAGGUUAUAUUAUCAAUGGGUAUAGGUUCCAUACAAGGCACCGUGAUGUGAGACGUAAAACUCAAAAUAGUGGUGUCACAUUAGAGGCAUUGACUCCUAGUUUUGCUAGUGUGAAAGAUAAGAACCCAAUUGAAGCAAAAGUAGCCUACUAUGGUAGAAUAGUUGAUAUGUUUGAGUUAGAUUAUUAUGGCCAAUUUAAGGUAGUCUUGUUUAAGUGUGAGUGGUAUACAGUUGCAAAAGACAACUUUGGUCUUUCAUAUGUGUAUUUCAAUAGAAAAUGCUACCAAGAAGAACCAUUUGUGUUGGCAUCUCAAGUAAACCAAUGCUUUUAUGUGCAAGACCCAUAUGUUAGGGACAAGCACUAUGUUAUGAAAACAAUUCCAAGAGAUUUAUUUAGGGUAAGUGAUGACCUUGAGUCUGAUUCUCCCAUAAUAUAUGCAAGGGAGCCAUGCGAACCUGAAGUGAUUCCAAGUCUUCUAAAUGAUAAUGGCGAAAUUGAUCUAGUGAGGAAUGAUCUACGAGCAACUAUUAUAGAUAUGGAUCAAAACAUGUUUGCCAAACAAUAUUGUGAGGAAGACGAGGAAAGCGAAUAUGAGUACAUGGAUGACUUUGACUCUGAAACAUCUUGA